AUGAAUCGAACAAACAACAAUACUGAUCAAGCUACAAAAGAAAUGCAUCGAAAACAUGAGCAUAGGCACCUUUUAUUAACAAAUGCACCGAAAAACAGGCACGAGCAAAUGAAUUUAUCAAAACAGACAAAUCCUCAGGCCGUUGGAAUUAAAUAUGCAUCCGUCAUCGUUCUUACACAAGUUAAAAAUAACAAGUCUUUAGAUUCAAAAUCAUAUGUUUCAAGUCGCGGUACUCAACAACCAAUAACUCCAAGAGAAACUUUCAUUGACCAUCCAUUCUUUAAUGUUUACAAUGGAAUGCCCUAUGAGGAAUGGACUAAAACAAGAGAUGCAUUUGUUGCUGCAUAUUUUAAAGAAUAA